AAUAACGAGCCUUGUAUGCAUACAAUCCUGUAUACAGGCCAUGCGCGGAAACGUUUUGCAGUCGACAGAUCCGUACAUUACUUUGUUAGCAGACCUCAAGCAGUAUUAUAACGCGACUAGUGUUUACAUUGUGUAUGAAAAUUUUCAAGAAAACAUGUUCAUCACGACAAUGCUACUCAACAAUCUAAAAAGCCUCUCGGACAAGCGGACCUUAUCUCAAGUUCUGCAGUACCGCGACUUGAUUAAAAAGUACAACGACACUUUUUCCAAGUACCCAUGACAGCUGUUCGUCCUACCACUGGAGUCCGAGAGCAAUCUUGCUCGAUUCUCCGAGUUUACGAGGUACCACGUGUUGUCGUUUCACGUAUGGUUCGUCAUAUUUUGGAAAUCGACAGACAAAAAGCUACAAGACUUCUGCCAAAAACCAGACAAGAAUAAGUUCCAUUUGAAAUUUGACACGAGGAUGCUGGUCAAGUGCUACGACGAUGCUGAGCUUCGCGAGUGGUAUUCGGUGAACAGUAGUAACAAGGUGAUCACGACCGAUUUGAUGGAGUGGAGGAGGGAGACAGGACUCGUGCUGAAGACCAGACAGAAUCUCUAUCAGAGGAGGUACAACGUCGGAGGGACUGUCUUGAGGAUGUCAUCCGUGAAGGAGCACCAAAGCCUAUUGAAAAAUCAAGCAAACGGCGAAGGCGUCGCAAUGUUCGCCAAGAUAAUGAUCGAACUUGCGACGCAAAUGAACUUCCGUUUGCGCUUCGUCUCGUCCGAAGACGCUUACGGUGUGUUAAACAGCAGCAAUAACAAGUGGACCGGAAUAUUAGGCAGACUGCAAUCAGGAGAGGUUGACAUUGCGACUUCCGAGAUAACCAUGACGAAAGAGAGAAUGGAUGCGUUCGAUUUUGCUUGUCCGUUGAUUAUUACAAGGGCCAAAUUGUUUAUCAGAGAACCUGGAGGGGCUGAUGUGCAGUGGAAUUCUUAUUUAAAGGCUUUCAGUACAAGCAUCUGGGUGUCGCUGAUAAUCCUAAUAAUACUGUCUGCGAUUCUACUGACCUACAUGAAAACGAAAAUAGCUAAAAUAAGGUGUCUGAAGAAUUACCUCGUGGAAAAUCAUUUGUACGUCUGGGGUAUUUAUUGUCAACAAGGAUUAUCAGAAUUUCCAGAUUCAUCGUCUUUGAGGAUAGCUUACGUCUCGAUAUUUUUCUCCGCCGUAGUUUUAUCGGCUAUUUAUUCCGCCUCAAUAAUAAGUUACUUGACGAUUUUCACCCCCUCCUUACCGUUUGACACCUUAGCGUCUUACGUGGGUGAUGGCACUUACAAACUCAUCGUUGUCCGGCACAGCGCCGAACACGAAAUGUUCGCUACUUCGCAUAAUCACGAGUUGAAAAGAAUGAGCAAACUUAUGAAGAGGGACAAGGAUUUGCCGGUGACCGAUAUCCAAGCACUUGAACAGGUUUGUCACGAAAGAGUAGCAUAUUAUUCGACCGAUGCGAUGAGAGAUAAAAUGGGCGACAUGAUUCCGUGCAAUUUAAAAGGCAUCUCAACAGGCAGGAUAGAAAAUUUAGCAUUCACGUUAACGAAGAACAAUCCUUUUACAGAAUUUAUAAACUACCACAUUCUAAGAUUUCAAGACAACGGAAUCAUGCAGCGAAUGAGGAGAAUGUACUACAAAAAGCUGAACAAGCCCACGAAGGACUACGACGCUGUUGGGCUUUGGGGAAUAGCUCCUCUGAUAACCAUCUUGAUCUUGGGUACAAUAUUGAGCGUUUUGAUGUUGUUCAUCGAAAAGCUGUAUCACAACAUGUCGUCGCAGCUCGAUGAUGAUGGUGACAAUGAUUCGAGCAGCACAGCGAAAUCACAGAAUCUACGAGAUAGUUUAACCUGGAGGCGAAGACGAAAAAGUACAAGAAGUGUGCACAGCUGUUGUCAUUGUUGACUCAGCUUUGUUAUAGUUGGCGUUUAAUAAAAAUUGUCUAACUCGGCCAAUAUCCAAUGUUUCAAUACAAUUCGCUUGAAAAAGAAUUUGUAAAAAAUAAAAAUUU